CAUGAAUUGAUUGAAACAAAUGCUCUCUAAUUAGAAAUUCAAUGCAAAGAUGUUUUUGAAUCAAUUGAAUCGUUUGCAUAAAGUUUUGAACAAAAAGUUGGUUUUGAAUCGUUAUUACAAUGCAAACAAAUACCCAAUCAUUGGAUCGGAAGUCAGUCGACAAUCAAAUGAAUUCAAAGUAAUGCCAAAAAUAUAAAUUAUAAAAUGCCAGACAUCUGAAAGUAAUUAUGAAUCGAUGCAGACAUUAGUGAAACACUUAAAGACUUUAGUCCAGAGUGUGAGCGAAGGUGGAGACCCAAAGUCACGCUUAAGACACACUUCCAAAGGCAAACUCCUAGUCAGGCAACGGGUGAAUGAGCUGUUGGACCCAUUCUCGGCAUUCCUCGAGUUGUCUCCAUUGGCCGCACAUAACUGUUAUGGCAAUGAAGUGGUCAACAGCGGAGCCAUUGUCACGGGAAUCGGUCGCAUCUGUGGCCAGGAGUGUAUGGUUGUGGCCAAUGACGCCACUGUAAAGGCGGGCACUUACUAUCCUCUGACCGUCAAAAAGCACUUAAGGGCUCAAGAGAUCGCGAGACAGAACCGGUUGCCCACCAUAUAUCUGGUGGACUCGGGCGGUGCCAACCUUCCACAUCAGGCCGACAUCUUCCCGGACGCCAACCAUUUCGGUCGUAUCUUCUAUAACGAGGCCGUCAUGUCUUCAGAGGGCAUCCCACAGAUCGCUGUAGUGAUGGGCAGCUGUACGGCGGGCGGCGCUUACGUACCGGCGAUGGCCGACGAGAAUGUGAUCGUCCGAAGACAGGGCACUAUAUUUCUCGCCGGACCGCCGCUCGUGAAGGCGGCCACCGGAGAGACCGUCUCCUCAGAGGAAUUGGGCGGAGCGGACAUGCAUUGCAGUACGUCAGGUGUGACCGACUAUUACGCGCAUAACGACAGACAUGCGCUACAAAUCACCCGAAAUAUUGUCUCAAAUCUGAACCGACAAAAGAAAGUCGACAUAACUGUGAGCCCGGAUGUGACUGAACCCAAGUGGCCCAUCGAAGACAUCUACGGCAUUGUCGGCACUGACCUCAAGAAGUCAUUCGAUGUGCGGGAAGUGAUAGCGCGUGUCGUCGACGGCAGUCAUUUCGAUGAGUUUAAAGCCCAAUACGGGUCGACACUCGUCACCGGAUUCGCUCACCUCUACGGCUAUCCCAUAGGAAUCGUCGCCAAUAAUGGGGUUCUGUUCUCGGAGUCGGCGCUCAAAGGCUCACAUUUCAUACAACUCUGUUGUCAACGAAAGAUUCCGAUCGUAUUCUUGCAGAAUAUCACAGGAUUUAUGAUCGGAAGAGAGGCUGAGAGCAGUGGUAUUGCAAAACACGGCGCAAAGAUGGUGACGGCUGUGGCGUGCGCUCAGGUGCCCAAACUGACGCUUAUAAUCGGGGGGUCGUAUGGGGCCGGCAAUUACGGGAUGUGCGGUCGCGCGUAUUCGCCACGAUUUCUGUAUAUGUGGCCAAACGCCAGGAUUUCGGUGAUGGGAGGGGAACAGGCGUCUGGGGUUAUGACUACUAUUACUAGAGAACAAAAGCUGAGGGAAAAUAAGACACUGACUGACGAAGAAGAGCGAGCUAUACGGACGCCAAUUGAGGCGAAAUUCGAGGCCGAGGGAAGUCCUUAUUACUCGAGCGCUCGGCUUUGGGACGACGGAGUCAUUGACCCCAAAGACACGCGAAGAGUACUCGGACUGAGUCUCAGCGCUGCCCUCAACGCAGACAUCGCCGACACUAAGUUCGGGGUCUUUCGGAUGUAAUACUUGGUUCGCGACCAUCGAUGAGAUGAUUUGUGUUAUUCAUAUAAAUAUUUGUUUAGUUUAUUAUUAAUUGAAUCUAUUUUUCUAUGAAAUUAAAACCAAAACUAUAUAACAAUUAAAUGACAAAAAAAUAAGUUUAUAAUUCAAUAAAAGCCACAUUUGAUUGAUUCACGAA